AUAACCAGUAUAACGUUAUCGUUAAAUUGAAACUCGUUGGGUCUCUACUUUUUAAUUAUAUAUAAUUUUUUUUGUUGGUUAAAAUCUCUAUCCUAUCAUCUACUAAUCUCGUGGCAAAGUUUUGGAGAGAGUGAGGAGACAUCAAUCUUCUUUGGAAUUUGAAGUGGAGUGUUUGUCGUCUGGAUUAUUUGAUCUUUAAAUUUUAAUAGAAUGUCUCAACAGAACGGAGUGCCUCAAAAUGACGGAUUCCUGCCUUAUCCUAAGGGAUUUGCCACCAACGCUAUCCAUCACUCUCAAGAACCUGAACAAUGGGACUCAAUGGCUGUUGUUACACCUAUAGUUACUGCCACUACUUAUAAACAGUUUGGACCUGCUAAUUUUAAGAAAUAUGAAUACAGCAGAUCUGGAAAUCCAACCAGAGAAGUUUUGGAAAAUGUUUUAGCCAAAUUAGACAAUGGCAAAUACGGUUUGACAUUUUCGUCCGGUUUGGGUGCAACCACAGCUCUUUUCAGCAUGCUAAGUUCUGGAGAUCAUAUAAUAAGUGGUAGUGAUAUUUAUGGAGGAACCAAUCGUCUUUUCAAUAAAGUAGCAACCAGAUUCGGAAUCGAAAUUACUCUAGUAGAUUUUACUGAUCUAGAAACCUUUAAAAAAUCAAUCAAAAGUAAUACAAAACUUGUUUGGUUUGAGACUCCUACAAACCCCACAAUGCAAGUAUUCGACCUAAAAGCAGUAGCCGAAAUUGCCAAAAGCCACAAUUUAAUUGUGGUUGUAGACAAUACGUUUUUAACCUCUUACUUAUUGAGGCCUCUAGAUUUUGGCGCAGACAUCGUCUGCUAUUCUUUAACAAAAUACAUGAACGGACACAGUGAUGUUGUUAUGGGAGCAUUGGUAACAUCCAACUCAGAUUUAUUUGAGAAAUUGAAAUUUUUACAAAAUUCAAUGGGAAUUGUUCCAAGUCCCUUUGACUGUUACCAAGUUAAUAGAGGUUUGAAAACUUUAGCUUUGAGAAUGGAAAAGCAUAAGGAAAAUGCUUUAGUUGUAGCCAAAUAUUUGGAAAAUCAUCCGAAAGUUGAAAAAGUUCUCCAUCCUGGUCUUCCAUCUCAUCCUCAAUAUGAAUUAUUUAAAAAACAAACUAGCGGCCAUAGCGGCACAUUUUCGUUUUACCUCAAAGGAAAUAUAGAAAGUUCCAAAAAAUUCUUGCAAACUUUGAAAAUAUUUACUCUGGCUGAAAGUUUGGGAGGGUAUGAGAGUUUGGCAGAAUUACCAUCUGUUAUGACUCAUGCUUCGGUUCCACCAGAACAAAGAGCAGUUUUAGGAAUUUCCGAUACUUUAAUAAGAUUGUCAGUUGGUUUGGAGGAUGUAGAGGAUCUCAUUGUCGAUUUGGAAAAUGCAUUCAGCUCAGUUUAAGCUUUGUGUCAUUUUAUUAAAGUUGAUAAUACAAGAUAAUUUUGAAACAAGUACAAAAAAAAAAUGUGUUGCUCAAUUUGUGAUAUAGGCACCAAUUACCUCAUAAGUCAAUGACGGGUUCUAAAAAUAAUUAUUAUCAAAAAAUUUUAUGUGCAAAUAUUAGAAAAUUUAUGAGAUUAUAUUUAUGCUAAUUUCUCCUUGAUUUGUAACUGCUUUAAAAUAAUUAUAGGCAAUUAAAU